AUGGCGUCAAUUUCUUCUUGGGGCGCGGGUACUCAAACAGAUCGACCCGCGCCACCCAAAUGGACGUUCAGUCGCGAAGAGAUGCAGCUUUCCGCUAGUCAACGCGAUGGAAUGAGUGCCGAAGAAGAAUUGUGUCAUCGACAACAAGCCGCCAGCUUCAUUCAAGAAAUGGUUGACGCUCUUAAUCAAAAUAUGAAAGAUCAAAGGGGAAGGAUAACACAACUUGGCAUGUGUGUCGCCAAUGUUCAUAUGCAUAGAUUCUUCUAUUUUCACUCGUUUAAAAGAUUUGACUACAAGGAUGUUGCAGCAGCUUGUAUAUUUUUAUCAGGAAAAAGUGAAGAAAGUCCGCGGAAAUUAACUCAUGUAGUCUCCGUUUGGCAAGAAAAAAAGAUGAAAAAACCAUUUUCUUCUGAAACGCAUCGCAUAGAAGCCUGCCAGUUCAUUGUGACAUUGGAGAGUUGUAUUCUUCAAACAAUAGCGUUUGACUUAAACGUCGAUCUCCCACAUCAACAUGUGAUAAAAAUCAUGGAGUCGUUUGAUAAAAAUGGAUAUCGAAAGAAGAUUACAAAUUGUGCGUAUUAUUUUGCCACCGACGUAUUAUGCGUCAUGGAUUGGGCACUUAGGUAUUCAUGUACAUCAAUUGCCGUAGCAGUUGUACAUUUGGUGGCAAUAUUUGCGGAUUUUAAAAUGGAAUCAUUAUUUCCCGCGGAUCCGAGCAAGAAAUGGUUUUCGCAUUUUGACGAAGAAAUGACGGAGGAAAAGCUUAUCGAAAUGGAAAACGACUUUAUGCGGGUGUACCAGUCAUGCUCACACCUUCACUAUGCGUCUAAAAUAGCUGCGAUAGCUCAAAAUCAGAAAAGUAUAUCGCGAGCGACGGAUGAUUCAUCGAGAGUAAAUAAUGCCUAUAAAGAUAGACGACCACAAAGGAGCCCUCGACAACAGAACUUUACUACUGACUAUGAGCGGAAGAAUGAGGAUAACGGCCGAUGGAGAGAUGAUCGUCCCAGACAUGGCAUUAGCUAUCUUCACAAAGAGGAGCAGCAAGUCGAAAAAAGUUUUAGUUAUGAUCGAGAGUUGGCUAAAGAAGAUGAGCGUCGAAAACGUGAAAAUGAGAAAAUAUCGGGGAAUAUACCGGAAAAAAGACAGAAGAUUGGCCCUCUUUCGGCAAACUUUGUUUCGUCAACUACUCCGUCCGAUGGCAAAGAGAAAGAAUGGGUCAAAAGCCAGUAUAAGCGUCCAGACAAAUCAUUUUCACCAUUAACGAGUAAACAUGAAUCAUCAAGUACACUUUCUCCACCACCCGUCCCGCCCGCCAUGGCUUCUGCAGUGGUGGACAUGGAUCUCGAAGAUGGAGAGCUUAAAUAG